GGCUGUGGCAGUUAACAGGGAAUGCAGGAAAAUCGACGUAACAGUGUUCUUCGGGAGCUCACGCUAGCUCGGAUGUCCGAGACAAAGGCUUGAAAUGAACAGGAUACGGAUUCAUGUUUUGCCCUCAAGUCGGAACCGGGUGACCCAGACACCCCGACCUCAGGAGCCACAGGCCUGCUCCUUCACCCAGCGGCCCUGCUCUCAGCCACGACUUGAAGGCUUGGAAUUCUGCAUCAAACACAUCUUGGAGGACAAGAAUGCGCCUUACAAACAGUGCAGCUACGUCUCUGCCAAGAACGGGAAGCGGUGUCCCAAUGCCGCACCAAAGGCAGAGAGGAAAGACGGAGUGACCUUCUGUGCGGAGCACGCUCGCAGGAAUGCCAUGGCUCUUCGAGCUCAAAUGAGAAAGGCGUCUUCUGGUCCGUCACCGGAGGCCCUGCUGUCUCAACUUAGUGGGUACAGCCGAGCAGAGUCACACAGCCUUGAUGGAGGACGCUCUGAAGCCAGCCGCAUUCUAGAUGAGGACAGUCUGAGUGAGGAAGAGCAGGGGCCGUUGGUAUUGGACCAGACGUGGAGAGGAGAUCCGGACAGCGAGGCUGACAGCAUCGAUAGUGAUCACGAGGAUCCUCUGAAACAUGCAGGAGUGUACACUGCAGAAGAAGUGGCGCUAAUCACUCGAGAAAAACUUAUCAGACUCCAGUCCCUCUAUAUUGAUCAGUUCAAACGCCUGCAGCACCUGCUGAAAGAGAAGAAGCGCAGAUACCUGCACAACCGCAAAAUGGAGCAUGAAGCUAUAGGUACCAGCCUCCUGACAGGGCCUGAAGGUCUUUCCAUGAAGGAGAGGGAGAACCUGAAGAAGCUUAAAGCUCUGCGUCGAUACCGCCGCCGGUACGGGGUGGAGGCCCUGCUGCACCGGCAGCUGAGGGAAAGGAGGCAGGCUGUGACAGAAGGAGGCCCUCAGCCACACACAAGAACAGUGAGUGAAAAAUGCAUCUCCUUCAUGGAGGGAACCCGAUGUACCAAUCCCUGCCUGCCUAUGGCCCGACACUGUGUCUCACAUAUCUACCAGGACAGCAACCAGAUCCUUUUUAAAAUGUGUCCAGGGUUAAAAGAUGUUCCAUGUGAUCGUACUGUGCACAUGGGUCAGUCAGACGACCCCCGCUGCCCGCUGCACCUCACCCUGCCUCCGCCCAUGUACCAGCCCGAGCAGGAGGCUCCGCCACAGGAGGAGUUCACCCCUAUGAGCAAAGACAUGUACCUGAGUGCGGCAGAGCUUCAGCCCACAGAAAACCUCCCUCUCGAGUUCAGCGAUGACCUGGAUGUGGAAGGGGACGGUAUGCAGGGUCCUCCUUCCCCUCUGCAGUUUGACACAGCCCUGGCCCUGGAGGACCAAACCAUCAGAGCCAUAGCUGAGGCCCCGAUGGACAUCCUGACUGGCGAGGACCCAGACCAGGACCUUGACACCUCAGGGCAGGAACUCUCAGAGAGAGAUGUGGACGCCAUCAUGAACAACCAGGUGGUGUCAGAGGCAGUCGGAGGUGAGGAAGACACGACUGACAAUUCGCUCCAAGACAUCGACUCUGCUGCAGCCGACGCUCCCAGAUGAACCAGCAUUUCAAAGAACUGUCACUGCUACUCGUUUAUAAUACAGCCCACAUUAGGUACUAAAGUACUCAGCGGCUCCUACUGAGACUGAAAGCUGGAGUAGGCGACAUGUUUUUGGAAUCAAUGGGCAGAAAUUCCAUAAUAACCUUUCAGCAUAUUGUACUUCAUGUGGGGAACUAGACUCCUGGUUUCAUACUAAAGAAAAUCCAGCCUGAGAUGAGACGUCACCCAGUGUGAGGCCGUUUCAGGUGAGUCGUGUGAAGGUGCAGGGAAAGGUCAGCUGAGAGGGAAGCGUUUGGAUCAGAAAUGUCAGCUGGACAUGUUAGAGGAAUGCAGGGAGAAAACUGAAGUUUUAGGUAAAAUGUUACACUGUGCAGUUUCAGUUAUAAACAUCAUUGUAAUGUGCCUCACUGUUUCUGCUCCUACUGCCUGGUUUGAAAUAAAGAUGAGGAAAUAAAUGGGGUUUUAGGUAACUUUGUUUCUGAUCGGCAUGUUUGCAGCAGAAAACACAUUUCCAUAAAACUUUAAAGCAACUGGAAACUUUCUCCCAUUAUUACACUUUAACACAUUCUGUUGUUGCAUAUGCCCUUGUAGCCAGUAUUUACGAAAAUACUUGAUGUAAUUUUUAUUGUCUGCUAAGGUGGUUUUGUGUUUCAGUUUGAGCGACCAGUCGUUUCAUUUUAUGCAGGACAGCAAACCUUUUCAUCACCCACAUUUAUCUCCCACAUUUUCAUUGGUUGUAGUUACAAAUAAAUAAAAAGUACAGGACAUGUGUGCUGAUCUGCAAAUGCUUCACUGCUUAAAUUUAUAGUUGAUUCCUGCAGAAAAGCAGUUUAUAGCUUCAGCUGUUACUGUGCGAGAAAAGGGAACCUUAAAUGAAUAAAGACAAUAUAUGGUUAUUAAA